AAGAGAAGAGCCAUUGCAUGUUAUUAACCCACUCUCCUCUCUCUUCUUAUUUUCUCUUCUUUACAAAUAAUAUACUACCAUUUACUCGUAGACUUGUGUCUUCCCCUGACCCUGAGUAGUCUUCUUCCUGUUCUACCAACCAUCUUUCGAUUUCCAGUCUCUUGAGCAUUUUACCAAGCACUUAAUGAACCCAUCAACCUCGUCAUCGCCUUCCAAGGCGAAAAGGAAGCAAACGGCGUCAACAAGCGCCAAAACACCAGAGCAACAACAUGGAACGGCGUGGGCAGGAAGAUACCUGGGUGUUCGGAGAAGGCCGUGGGGAAGAUACGCGGCAGAGAUUAGAGACCCUUCGACCAAAGAAAGGCAUUGGCUUGGCACCUUCGACACUGCCGAGGAAGCUGCCUUAGCCUACGACAGAGCAGCACGCUCCAUGCGUGGCUCUCGCGCUCGAACCAACUUCGUCUACUUAGAUACUCCUCCUGGCUCCUCCGUGACUCCCAUUGUCUCCCCCGAUGAGGAAUCCCACCAGAACCACGACUUUUCGUCUCUCUUUGGUUCCAACUUGCUAGCUCAACAACCCAACCCUGCUGACCGGCCGACGGAAUGCGCCCUCUCGGCCGGGUACUUGGGCAUAAAGGAUGCUGAUGCCUGGGCAGUUUCUUCAGGGAUUUAUUCCCAGCAAUAUCAAUCACCCACGAUGGACGUACAUAACGUGCCCCACUUCCGCCAGUUGUAUGAUGAUAGCAACACUGAGCUCCCUCCAUUGCCACCGGAUAUUACAAGCUCCAUAGGUUACGAAAUGAGUCAAGAGUUUUACAAUAAUGGCUUUGGAUACUCGGAGCAAGGCACAGACCCGGGAUUUGAACCAUCAACAAGCUGGCCUUCGUGCUCGUAUAUGGGCUUGGAUUCGGGUGAUUACUUGCAUAGCCCACUGCUGAGCAAAAUGCCAACGAUAUCAGAAAAGAUGCCGGAGGGUUUUGAACUGGGAGGUACCUCUUACUUCUUCUGAUUCUGAUAAAUGAUUCUGCUAAUUUCGGGGCUGGUCUCUAUGUUUUGUGCGUCCAGUAGUUUUCAACUGCCGAGUUCCGAGUCCGUAAAUGAGUUGUGUGGGUAAGUGGGCUUUGA